AUGCCUUCGCGCAAAGCCUACAAAGAACUGUUGGCUUCCAAGUGGGUGUGGAAGCCUGGAAAGUGUCAAUGUGGAGGAUCCUUCGCUGCUGUUUCAUGGAAGACUUGCAACUCUCGUGGCUUCGGCCGCCUGUUCUAUCGAUGCGAAGACUGUGAAAGUUUCAAAGAUGUCAUGAACUUCAGCGCCCUGCCCACACUUCGUUGGCCCAUCGUUCACUACUGGUUCUUUUUGCAACAAUGGUUCGCCAACAGCAAAAGACCUUCGAGCGAAGAGAUCGCCAGGAUGAUGGGUGUUUCUGGUCAAGCCUGCAGUGCUGCCCGCCGCCUCGGUGAAGUUCUUCUGCGCGCAGAAGCUUUGUGUGCCCAGAAGACGCAAGAUUCACGGAAGCUCUCAGGACUGUUGGAAGUCGAUGGCACAAGCAUUCGCAAGUUUGUGCUUCCAGGCUCCACGACUCUGAGGUACAUGCAGUACUUCGGCGCACUGAAGCGUGGAACUCGCUGCAUUCAUCUGUACCGUCUUCCAGAUGCUGACAGCAAGUCCUUUGGCAAGCCACCUCCUGAGAGUUUUGCUAGAAUCCAGAAGACAGACUUCAUGCGUCAGGUCCUUCCCAUGACCCCGGGCCUGGGAAAAACCUGUCUGAUUUCUGAUGGUGCUCCUGCGUACUUGAAACUGUGCCCCGAGCUGAAAGUUCUGCACAGAGCCUGCUGUCACAGCAAAGGUCAGUUCGUCGAGCACUCUCGAAUUCAUGGACUCAGGACUGAGGUGCACACUGGAGGAAUAGACAGUUGUUGGAAGCUGUGCAAAGCAGCGAUUCCACCGAGCGUGCUGACAAAGUCAGAUGGAUCCUUCAAUCCGAAGAUUGAUGUGUACAUUCGCUCAUGGCAGUGGCGUUGGGAAAACACCACGUGUACCAACUUGUGCAAAAAAAUUGCGCAAGUCUACUUGAGACAGGACGCGUGA